AUGUGGCACCUGUGGCCAGUGCUCAGCAUCUUGCUGAGACUUUGUGCAGGCAAUGGCGGGGAAUUUGAUUGUGGAGAUGAACCGUAUCUGAUGCUGGAGGAGGUCUUGCACAACAACCUGGGAAACCAUGGACCACACCACGGUGAAGAAGGCAUUGUCUACCAAGCGAUUGAGUACUACAAGAACAUGCACCGUAUCGUCCACGUAAACGUGCAUGCUGUCACAGACUACCAGCCCUGGGAUGCCUUCGCCAACGGCCUCAAUGGGCGCUUCGGGGUCUUCACGCAGGAAGCAGGGCAUAGCGUGGAUGUCAUCUUCAGCUUUACCACUGUGGACAAGAAACCUGUAGAACUCAGAACUUUCACCGUCAGCUUCUAUGACAUGGACAGGGACAAAAAUCCCGGAGAAGGUGUGGAAAUGGUGAUCCCAAAGCAACCCUAUACCAUGGUCUAUUUGAGCAACACCACCCAAGUCAAGAAGGUGCGUCAAGCGGAUGGCACCGAAGUCUACGAAGGGACGCAGAUGGGCAUCUACGACGACAACCCGGUCAAGGUGGUGCAUGAGAAGCAAGUGGAUGAAGAUAGGUGUGUGGCCUUUGAGUUCAAAAACGUGAAAGAGGUGCACAUGCAGUUCAAGUCCACUCCGGGAAGCUCAGCACGGACCACACAAUUCGCGUGCCUGAACUCCUUCGUUUGCAAAGUGCGACCUGACAGUCAAACUGCCUGGCACAAGGACAACAAUGGGGAAGUGGAGGUUGGGCCGCAAGAUUCUGACAAGGCGCCCAUUCGCGCACGCACGGAUCUACUCUUUGAGUACACCUUCCCCAAGCACUUGUUUCUGGGAGACGACCUCACUUUCAAAGCCACGCGUGUGGAUGGACGGCCGCUGCCAAGCUGGUUGAAUUUCAACCAAAAGACGUUGACGCUUUCGGGCACGCCUUCGUUGCAUGAUCGCGGCAUCCUGAACAUCAAGGUCCGCAGCGAAGACCCUGCAGGGGUGGAGGCGAGCACCACCUUAACGUUGGACAUCGGCGGUGGUCCAGCUCUCACCAAGCCUAUCCCUACGCAACGUGUGAAGCCCGGCGCGAACUUUGUGUACACCUUGCCCAAGGGCAUGUUCAUCGACACCAUGGACGGAGAGAAGUUGGUUUUCAAGGCCUCGGGCAAGGGGGGCGCGGCGCUUCCCAAGUGGCUGCACUUCGAUGAGUCUCACGGGCGUUUCUAUGGCCUGCCGCCCCAAGAUGCUCACGGUGUCUUGGAGGUGUGGCUCACGGCCAUUGAUUCCCAACAUUUCUCCGUCACCGACAAGUUCGACAUGAUCAUCGGUCAUGGAAGUGGCAAGUUGAAGUAUGGCGCAGAUAACGCACCGCCGUUGGUGGCGAAACAUUUGCGCAAACAGCGCAUUGCAGCGGGACAGGCGUUCAGAUACCAGGUACCAUCGAACAUCUUUGUGGAUUCGGAAUCUUCUCGCCGGGGACACCGAUCUCCACCAUGCCACGGGCUGCUCCUAUGCUCCAGCGGCUCCAGACGCCAUGGAGUUGUGAUGGCUGGUAGCCGUGCAGUGCAAGAGAAUGAGGUCUCCAAGCCCCCUUCUGCGGAAGCGCCAUCUGCGCCGCCCCUGCCCUUCUUUGUACAGCGAACGGGACCCGCGGUGGUGGAUGAAGAGUCCAGUGGCGACGAGGUCUGCUACGAUGCUCCUCUCUUGGCACCGCGGCAGAGUGUCGACGUCAUCGACAUCGCCGACGCCUCGGCCGCCGUUGCGGACCGUGGGGCGCUUGCGCGGGCCAAGAUGCAGACGUUGGGAUGUGCCAAGAAGGACCGCAAGGCCUCUGAUGAAGACAAGAAAGGUGCCAAGCAGAUCACCAGCACUGCAGUUAGAGAUCGCCCAGAGCCACCUCCGGAGGACCUGGACAGCGAGUUUGAGCGCGACGACGCGUCGGAGCCUUCGGAGCCUUCGGAGCGUCGGCCGUGGUCCACGGCGACGAGUUCGACGGCGAGGUCCUCGACGACGUGGUGGGCCCAAUUUUUCCACAUGAAACACGGUUUUGGCCUUGGUGUGGCUUCUCUAAAGGUGUCCCUGGCUCGCCUGGACCUGUCCGACACGGAUCUCCCAUCCUUGACAGCUGCGCUGGAGAAACUGCUGCAGCACUUACGGGACGAGGAGGCUGACAGUGAGCAGCGCCACCGAGCCCCCGUGCGACUGCUGCUGGAGCUGGACUUGUCCGACAACGGCAUUUCUGAUGUCGGAGCGGUGUGGCUUUUCAGUUGGCUGAUGCAGCGCCCUGGCGAAGUGCGUUGUCGCGUUCUUCGGAUGGCGCGGAACCGUUUGAGCGACACGUCCUUAGAGUGGCUUUCAGCCUUGGUUUGUCAACAACAUUCAGCCAUCGAAGAACUUCAUUUGGCGGAGAAUACCAUCUCUGCAACAGGUGCUGCUUAUUUGCUGCUGGCCUUUGCUUUGCACCCCUUCGAGGCCUAUCCCUUCCUGGAUCCCAAAGGCCUCUUCGCUCCCGCCAACGUCACCUUGGAUCGGAAUCCCAUUGAGGAGCCUGGAUUGCUGGCCCGACUCCGAUUGCGCUCCAAUUUGCGUGCUGCUUGUAAAGACGGAAAUCUCAGGACUUCCAACUUUAACUCAACGCCUCAUGUACAGCUGGGCGCGACCUUCCCGGAUGGCGCGAACCGGUCCUCCACCGUGUUACCGUUGGCUCUGGAGAAGGUCUGCGCUGGUGGCUCCUGGCCCUCUCUCCCGCAGCUUCCGAAACCGCAGGUGAAGGAAACUUCCGGAGAUGCCGAAGCCUUCAACCGAAGCAUGGCUGAGAUGGAGAUCGAAUUUCUCCUGUGGGUUGAUAUUUGGGACGGAUACGCUCCCCGGGGGAAGACCUUCCGUCGAGAGCUGUUAGUGGAUGAUGAGGAAGGUGCUGGUCUGGAGCUGGAAACGGUAAGCGAUGGUUUGCGGAUUUGCGAAAUCAUGGAGAUCCCUGGACAACCGGGCCUUCGGCUGGGCGACGUUAUUGUGGCUAUCGAUGGUUUACCCCUUUGGUGGCACGCGUGUCAACGCGACCAAGUGGAAAUCGAUGAGGACGACGAUGCCCCAUCCGCACGCUUCCGCGCGCGCUUUCGCCGCGGCACGCGAAUGGAUAUCCUGCGCAGUGAGGCACCGCAACCAGCCAGCGCAACCAGAGAUUCCGUAGCUGCCCGGAGCCGCAAACGCUUCGCGUGUCCUGUGUGUUGGGACACCUUUGAUCUCUGGACCGAUUGCCUCGAACAUCUGCGGGAGUUUGGACACGAGCCGCAAGUCCCCACGACUUCCAGCAAGAAGCUGGAGGAUGCCGCCGGGAGCUUGCGUCGGUGGAUGGCGACCUGCAUGGCAGCAGCGCGGGGAGAACUUCCCGCGAAGCAGAACCAGAACGGUGUCAGCGCAGAGAAGUGGAUGGCAGUGGAGGAGGAGAAGGCCGAAACCCUGUUGCUCCCGGCCUCCAUUGGGGUCCUCGGUGAACGCAGCAGGAUGGUUGUUGAAGCUCUGGCAGAAGAAGCGUCACGUUUCGGCUUUGAACAAGGAUGCACCGUUUGGACCUUACCCAACGGCUUGUGGGCGCAAUGCCCCGGGAAUGAGGCCUCGGUGGCGGCGAUCGCCGAGCAGCUCCUACAAAUCAUGCAUUUCUACUUGCCGGAUGUGGAUGACAAGGAGACGCUGGGCGAAGAAGACGAGGAACUGGCAGAGUGGACGGCUUGGCUGGAGCAGAUGUUGCAACAGCAGGCUGAAGAGACGCGCCGGCCGCGAAGUCAGCCCACAACUGGCCCUGUUUCAUCGCGCUUCAGCGCGGUGCAGGCUCCUGCCGGCCCUCCCCGGCUGCUGCUGCUGUGCGGACUGCCGGGCAGUGGCAAGAGCAGUUUGGCGCGCAGCUUCGCGGCCAGUCCCCAGUGGUGUGUGGUGAACCAAGACAGCCUGGGCUCGCGGCAAGCGUGCAUGAAAGUGGCUCGUCACGCCCUGGCCAGCGACCGCAGCGUAGUGAUCGAUCGCUGCAACGUGACACGUGGUCAGCGUGCUAUUUGGACACUCAUGGCUUCCGAAUUCCACCUCGCGCCGUCCCAAGUGGGAUGUGUUUGGCUGGAUGUCAGCGCGGAGGACUGCGGCCAGCGCGUGCUGCAGCGCUUCGGGCAUCGGACGUUGCCGCCACGCAACGCCUCGCUGAAAGUCAUCCGUGGCUUUGCUCGGCAGUGGCAGGCGCCCGAUUGUGCCGAGGGCUUCGGGCAGCUCUGGCGCUUGGCCUCGGAGGCGGAGCAGGAGAUGUUUCUGGCCGACUUCGGCCUCACACGCUGUGAGUUGCCGAAGUCGCCGAACAUUGCGAAGCUGCCGCAGCUGCCGCAGGCUGAGGCUGCGCCGAAGAUGUCGCCUGCGGCGUUGCCGCCUGAGCAAAAGGAGAAGGCUUCGGCGGUGCCACCGACACCGCCGACGCAAACGCCUGCCCCGCCUGCGCCGACAAUGCCAGUGCCAGCGCGAAAAGAGAAGGUGGGAAGCAACAAGAUCUUGCCGAAUGGUCCAGCCGGUCCACCCGUCACAGAGGAGCCAGUUCCACCAGUUCCACCGGUGCCACCGGUGCCGGAGCCGGAGACGUCGGCGACCUGGAGCUGCGGCUGUGGAGAGAUCAACAAACGGCGGAGAGACGUGUGCAACAACUGCGGAGCUGCGCAGCCAAGGAAAGAUGUGACCGUGCUUGAUGCCAAACCCGUGACCCCUGUGCCAAACGGUCGCUCCGGUGAGUCUAGCGACACCAAUGCCAGCUCCAGAGGAGACAACCUCAGGCGUAGGCCUAGGCACGGCCGACUUUUGGCGACUGCCGAUGCCCGAGUUCGACGACCUGAGCCCUCCAAAAUGACGGGCAAAGCGCUGCGCUACGGGCCGUGGGGGGUCGUGGAGGAGGAUCGUACCUUGCACUUCACUGCCUCCCUACCCGACGGCAACAAGUUGCCACCCUGGCUGAUCUUCGAUGAAAAGUCGCGUACCUUCCACGGAACGCCCAGCAAAGGAGAUGGUGGCGUGUUGGCCGUGAGGAUCACAGGGCAUGACAGCAAGGGCAAGAGCGUCAGCGAGAGCUUCCUGUUGAACGUCACGGGAGGUAUACAACCCAAGGCUGGAGGACCUAUGCUCCCUCUGCACCACUUUGAAAAUGCGCCCAAGGCGGCCAUUGGCCGGAAUUUCUACUACAAGGUUCCCCCCGGGACCUUCGGCCACGCCGACGGCACCACGGGGCCCAUCUCCUACUUGGCGCAGCGGGGGGAUGGACGACCAUUGCCUGAGUGGUUGCAUUUCAACCGAGCCACGGGCACCUUUAGUGGCAUGCCACGUGCCACGGACACAGGUCCCUUGACAGUGGAAGUCUUCGCGCGCGACCAAAAGGGCUCCUUGACCAGCGACAGCUUCGUGGUGGACGUUGUUUCCAGCGACUUGGAAUCUGUGGUGCUGCGUGAUGCUGUGAUGCACACCAGGCCUGGCUCCCACAACUUUUGGAUCAUGAUGAUGUGCGUCUCGCUCGUAUUCUUCGCCGUGGUGGUCUUACUGGUGGCCGUGGGCGUCUUUGGCUUCAAGGUCAGUAUCAAGCAACGCUUCAUGCGAGAAAAGAAGGACCAGGUGCCCGGGGCGACUUAUGUUGUGAAACACGUUGGUUGGUAA